GAAAGGAUAGCUUGGUUUUGUUUAUAAAUGAAAUCGUUUAGGCUUAUGAGUGUUAAUCUCGUGGACUUAUGUUGACUGUUUUGGUUUAGUUAUGUCUUUUCCCUUGCAAGUAUUAACAUAACCAAUCUUCAAUGUCAUGAUAACUGAGUUAAAAAUCAAUUAUCAUAAAAACUGCUAUUAACAAUGAUACCAAUAAUGCCAUAAAUUAUGUAAUUAGCUGUCUAUUUAUUGUUUAACUUUUGUUCUCCAACCGAGUUUCAUGUUAAUCACUCACCGACAACCCUAUCAUUCUAUUUAAAGUAAUGAAAAUGAUAUUUUAAAACGAUUCAUUCUCUAAAUAAUGUGAUCAAAUCAUUAAAUUGAAAAAUAAACCUACCAUCAACUUUAAACAACAGCAAUACCCAAACAACAAACCACUUUUUAAAGCAGUCAUCAGUGCCAUCAACACCGAUCUCAUCAUCACCAGGAUUUAAUACCAUCAUUUUUCUUCUUUUUCUUUCUCCUUUUCAUCAUCAUCAUCAUCAUCAGCAACCUCAACUACAACUAACCUGCAACCAACUAAUUUAUUUAACCACCUUCUAGUAUCAAGCCAUCUAUCAUUCAUUUGAGUUGAAUAUCUCCACUCUACCAGCUUGAUGACAAUUACUCACUUGAAGAGCUAGUCAUCAAACAUUUUUCUAGUAAAGUUAACAAUGGAUACACUUGACAUUGUAAUUCAAAUUGUUGGUUGGAUCUAUUUUGCUGCUUGGUCAAUCAGCUUUUAUCCUCAAAUAUUAAUCAACUUUCAAAGGAAAAAAGUUACCGGACUUGAUUUUAAUUUCAUUGCCCUCAACCUUACCGGUUUCCUGUGUUAUACAAUCUACAAUGUUUGCCUCUUCUACAUUCCUCGCUUCCAGAAAGACUUUGUUCACUUCAAUCCAAAUCAAACUGAACCAGUGUUUGCCAAUGAUGUUGGAUUUUCAAUUCAUGCAACAUUUGCGACCAUUGUUACCAUAAUUCAAUGUUUCAUUUAUGAAAGGGGCAGUCAAACUGUCCAUAUCUCGGUUAUCAUAGCUUCAAUAAUCAUCUGGUCAGUCGGAGGUAUUUUAACUUUACUGGUGGCCCUCAAUAAACUCAACACCUUCUAUCAUGGAUACUAUUUUGCCACAGUUAAACUGGGAAUCAGUGCUUCUAAAUACUGUCCUCAGGCUUACUUUAAUUACAAGAGAAAAUCAACUGUUGGUUGGAGUAUUGGCAAUAUCCUACUUGAUUUCACGGGUGGAUCCUUCAGUUUACUUCAACAAGGGCUGUCUGCAAUUAAAGAAGGUAACAUCAGUGUCAUGAUUGGAAAUCCUGUCAAAUUUGGUCUCGGAUUAUUAUCAAUGGCAUUCGACAUAUUCUUCAUGAUCCAACAUUAUGUACUUUACACUAACAGAGAGGAACCAUCGGAGGAGAGCUCGCGGGACGAGUUAUAUUAUCAGGCAGAUCCAGCCGACCUCGGUGAAAAUAAUCAAGCUCAUAAUGAAAAUAACCAAUCACAUAAUGCCUGAAUCGUUAUUCCUGUGCCUUACCAUAAACUCGUCCAUUCCAUCGCCUGUUCAAUCUUUUUUUACAAAAGAGCUAUUUUGUUAAUAUAUUUUUAUCAUGUACUUUUUUAGCCAACAUUGAAUUAUUUUUUAAAGCAAAAAUUUAUUUAAUUGCCAUGUUACCAUAUUUUUUUAAGAAAAGAGCUAAAACAGUAUCAAUAACAAAAGGUUUUUACCCAAAAUUGAAAAAAUCUGUUUUCAUUAACCCAAAUACUGUUGACAAUCUUUUUUAAACUGGUAAACUGACUAUUUAAAAUCGUUAAAUCUAUUGUAGCAAAAAAAUCAUCAAAAUAAACCUGAUGAUUUAGGUGAAA